AUGCCGCUCAGUUUUUGGCGCGUAGGACUAGCGUUAUUAGCGACACUAGUUGCAUUCCUCUUGUCACGACCUGUGAUUGAAAUACUGCUUCAUACGAUUCGUUCACGUCUCGAUAAACGUGUCCAAUGGAUUGCUGAUGUACAGCAAUAUAUGCUCACGUAUUUAUGGUGGACUUUAUUCCUCCUCUUGGUGCACAAUGUCGUUGCUCGAUAUAUUUUGGACUUGGGCAGUAAGAAAGACGAGGUGAUGCAGUAUUUGGGUUACCUCGUGGCCAUUCCGCUUGUGCUUGGUACCUUUGCCAUGCGAAAAGUCUUUGCUAAUCUCUUUGUUCGGUACUUCAAGUGGGACCGUUACUCAACGGACUACGAUGCACGAAUUUUUGUCAUUACCGAAUCCAUUAAGUUCGUGUGCGUUGUGCUCGUAUUGAUUGAGAUUUUUUAUAUAUUUUUCCUUUCAAAUUCAGUCAUGCGCUCAUUGCUCGUCGUGGGGGUUUUGAGUGUCGAAUUAGUAGCUGUUCUCUCAGGUUUUACAGUCCUAAAGAAUGUAGCAACAGGACUUUUUCUUAUCUUUGCAGAGCCCUUUCAAACGGGUAGUGAGGUCAAAGUUCGACAGAUGUUAGGGUUUAUCGAUCGCGUAUCGCUUGCUAGGACAACCAUACGACGCAUGGACGGAUCGAUGAUAUUUGUGCCAAAUGGCAUCUUUGCCGAUAAUUACCAGACCAGUGGCAACGCUUUGGAAGCUCACGCCCAUUCGAUUAUGUUGCGUCUACAUCCUGCUACACCUGCUCAAAAGAUAAAUGAGCUUGUGCAAGAGCUGCAAGCGGUACUGCCAGCGUUUGCUCUGACAGCCCAAGCAGUUGCUGCACUACGCAGAGAUCACCGCGAGGUUUCUGUUAUCCAGUCUAGUAGUGCUAGUAGUUUUAGUGCAAGUGCUGUAAGUGACGACAGCGCCUUGGGCGAUCAACGUCAAUCAGUUGCAAGUAGCAACGGUAACACUGGUGUGCCUCGUGCGCGCGAAAGAUCUAGCAAUACCUCCAGCGCGUUUGAUGCGACUGGCCGACCAAUUACACCGCCUCCUCCUCCUGUCCGCGUUGAACUUCGCGCAAUGUUUCAGGUAAAAGUAACAGUACUUACGGAUCGUGAACGAUUUAGCACGCUCGAAAAGGCAAAGACGGAGGUAAAUCUUGCAAUCAUUGACACGAUCCAGCGUAUAAAUGUUAUCGCGCAGCAAACCGAUCGGUGA